ACUAAAAUUAUCAGAUGUUCAAGAUUUCAGAUUUUAUUUGAAAUAAAAUCAGCGGCACACAUCUAUUCAAUGGUGCAUCUUUAUACAAAAGAGUAAAAUAAUCAAAACAAACAUUUACCAAACUAAGUAAAUAACAUAGAACACAAAGCAAAUAAAAUACCUCAGACAAAACAAUUUCAUUUAGGAGACAAUUCUGGGAUGGGGCACUGAAUUUUAUAAUAAGAUAUUUUUUUUCUAUGUCAAAGUGAAAUUAUUUUUUACAACAUUGCUCAUCUUACUUCCUUAUCCAGCACAGCAAAAAAUGACCCAAUCUGUGUAACAAUUACAGUAAACUGAAAGGUUUCAAGUACAUACUAUAAUAAUAGCACAGCACAUAAUGCAGAUAACCGCAUUCCUUAUCCAGUACAGCAAGAAAAUGACGAUAAAAUUAGUAGCGGGCCUAACAGUCGCUAUCCUAGCUGUAGUAUCAACGCUUGCCUAUGUGCCUUGCAAUGAGACUAAUCCAUAUUAUAUUCAAGAAGCUAUACCAGAUAGUUUUAAUGUCUGUCCAAGAAUCCAAUGUCAGUGCGUGUAUUGUUUGUAUCACAAUUUUAACUAUUCCUUCGUCCGUUAUCGGCACAUUGUCACCUGCGAUAAAAAAGGAAUAAUCUCUGUACCAUCAAAUGAACUGCCAGCAGACACUGUGGUGUUAAAAAUGCGUAAUAACAUGAUUACUGGUUUAUCGUCAAAUUCAUUCCCGAACACAACAGAAACACUUCUUCUUGGCCUGAAUGAACUGGUAUCCGAGAAAAUCCACGCUGAUGCCUUCAGCAAUCUAAUGUCCUUAACCCAUCUCCAAAUGGAUUACAAUCGGAAUAUUACUUUCAUCAACCAGAACUGGUUUCGGAACCUGUUUCAAUUGACGCACUUGCAUCUGGAAAUGUGUGGAAUUACAAAAAUCGUCCCAAACGCCUUCCUCAACUUGAACGCAUUACAGUUGUUGAACUUGGCGGGAAAUAAAAUCAAAGAUAUCCCACCUAAUCUAUUUCAGAAGUUGACGUCUCUGACAACCCUAAAUUUGGAUAGUAAUAGUAUCAAGGUUCUUCCGGACGCCAUGUUCCAUGGUACAGAUAAUCUCACCCUGCUUGCGCUUCACAGAAACUCGCUGACAACAAUCACGAAAACUGUUGGACUCCAGAACUUGCUGAUGUUGACUAGCUUGAGUCUCUUCGACAACCCCUAUAAUUGUGAUUGUGACCUAGAGUGGUUCCAUUACUGGCUGCGUGAAGAAAACUCUACUAACAUCCUGAAGAAUAUCCAAUUGAUUGAUUGUGGUAGCCCUCAAAGCCUUAAGUCUAAGCAGGUGGCCGAGAUUGAUUUCGAAGUGUUGUGCGGCGGCUCUAUUCCUGACGCUCACUGGUGGGUUAUUUUGGCAGCAAGUCUGGGAGCGUUGGUGCUUCUAUGCCUUUUUGUAUUUAUUGGAAUUAAAUACAGAAAAUACAGAAUUUUGUACGCUGAUAAUCGUAUUUCCUUAUCCAGCAAAGCAAAGAUGAAGAAGACGCAAAUUGAACUACUGGGCCUAACUGCCGCCCUCCUAGUAUCGUUAACGUUUGCUUAUCCUUGCUCCGACCAUAAUCCAUAUUAUAUUAACAAUAGUAUACCAGAUAGUUUUAAGGUUUGUCCAAAACCUUGUAGCUGUCCGUAUUGCUUGUAUCACAAGUUUAACAAAACAUUACUACGUUAUCGACACGCUGUUGAGUGCGAUGGAAAAGAUAUACAUUCUGUAUCGUCACACGAACUCCCAGCCGACACUGCAGUGGUGAAAAUGAGUAGCAACAAGAUUACUGGUUUAUCAGCAAAUUCGUUUCCGAACACAACAGAGACAAUUGUUCUUACCAAGAAUAGAUUAACAUCCGGCCAAAUCCACGAUGAUGCAUUCAGCAAUCUAAGGUCCUUAACCCGCCUACGAAUGGAUGACAAUCAGAAUAUUACUUUCAUCAACCAGAACUGGUUCCGGAACCUGUUUCAUUUGACGCACUUGAAUAUAGAAAUUUGUGGAAUUACAGAAAUCUUCCCAAAUGCCUUCCUCAACUUGAACGCAUUACAGUUGUUGAACUUGACGGGAAAUAAAAUCGAACAUAUCCCACCGAAUCUAUUUAAGAAUUUGACGUCUCUGACAACCCUAAAUUUGGAUACUAAUAGUAUCAAGGUUCUUCCGGACGCCAUGUUCCAUGGUACAGAUAAUCUCACCCUGCUUGCGCUUCACAGAAACUCGCUGACAACAAUUACGGAAACUGUUGGACUCCAGAACUUGCUGAUGUUGACUAGCUUGAGUCUCUUUGACAACCCCUAUAAUUGUGAUUGUGACCUAGAGUGGUUCCAUUAUUGGCUGCGUGAAGAAAACUCCACUGAUAUCCUGAAGAAUAUCCAAUCGAUUGAUUGUGGUAGCCCUCAAAGCCUUGAGUCUAAGCAGGUGGUCGAGAUUGAUUUCGAUGAAUUUGAAUGCGGACGCUCUUUUCUUGACGCUUACUGGUGGGUCAUCUUGGCUGCAACUCUGGGAGCAUUGGUGCUUCUAUGCCUUUUUGUAAUUAUUGGAAUCAAAUACAGAAAAUACAGAAUUGGCCACCAAAACUACGAGGUAGUACAAUGAAAUUGCAGAGGACUGGAAUUGGUUUCUGGCUAUAUCAAGAAUUUGCCCCGACAUUUGACACUCUUGCUCUCCUUGCUACGGAAUCUUAUAGUGACGUUCCAGAUGUCUAGAUAAUUAUCUCGUCAUGUCUACAUCCUGUAGGAAAGAAGAUCAACUGUUGCGAUCCUGGAUCUCCUCAUGUCUACAUUUUUCAGAAGAGAUGAUCACAUGACGAGAUGCUAGAUCUUGUUAUGUCUAAGUCUUUUAGAAGAGAUGAUCAGAGAUGAUUACGAAAUCCUUGAUCUCAUCAUGUCUACAUUCCUUAAAAGAGAUGAUCAGAUGACGCGAUCCUGGAUCUCGUCAUGUCUACAUCCCUCAGAAGAGGUGAUCACAUGAGGAGAUCCUGGAUAUCACCAUGUCUACAUCCUUUACAAGAGAUGAAUAGAUAACGAGAUCCUUCAUUUCGUCAUGUCUACAUCCUUUAGAAGAGAUGAUCAGAUGACGAGACCUCGAAUCUCGUCAUGUCUACAUCCUUUAGAAGAGAUGAUUAGAUGACGAGAUCCUGGAUCUCGUCAUGUCUGCAUCCUUUAGAAGAGAUGAUUAGAUUACGAGAUCAUGGAUCUUGUCACGUGUACAUCCUUUAGAAGAAAUAAUUAGAUGACGAGAUCCUGGAUCUCGUCAUGUGUACAUGCUUUAGAAGAGAUGAUUAGAUGACGAGAUCCUGGAUCUUGUCAUGUGUACAUACUUUAGAAGAGAUGAAGAGAUGAUCAGUUGACGAGAUCCUGGCGCGUGGCCCCAGGCGCUCUGACGAUCUGAGCAUUAAAGCUGUUUUUGAGUGUGUGUUGACAAUACUGGGUACAUAAGCAAAAAUAUUUUGAGUUUCAAUGUAAUUGAGCACGAAUUAUGUUGACCUAAACAUUUCACUUCAUUUUAUUUUUAGUACCGUAACGCGUCAGUGAAAUAAACAUUUACGUAAAUACUAA